CCGAGGCCCAGCACCGUGAGAGGCGCGUGUUGCUGACGUCAUCGUGGCCCCGAAACAGUGAGGGACACGCUGCCUGGUCGCGCGGCGGAGAACUGAUGAGGGAGGCAGCAGGAGAUUAUAGAAACUGAGAGAUGGAAAUUUCUUCUAUAGAGGAAGAAGAGGAUUGUCCUGAAUUGGUUCCUAUAAAGGAUCCAGAAAUAAAGGACCAUGUGGAAGGAGACAGUCUGUCUAGCAAGACCUCUAAGAUACCUGUUACUAUUAUCACAGGAUACUUAGGUGCUGGGAAAACUACUCUCCUUAAUUAUAUUUUGACAGAACAACAUAAUAAGAGAAUAGCAGUUAUUCUAAAUGAAUUUGGUGAAGGAAGUGCCUUGGAGAAAUCGUUGGCUGUAAGUGAGGGUGGAGAACUCUAUGAAGAAUGGCUCGAGCUCAGAAAUGGUUGUUUAUGCUGUUCUGUAAAGGACAACGGAUUAAAGGCUAUUGAAAAUCUAAUGCAGAAGAAAGGCAAAUUUGAUUACAUUUUGCUAGAGACAACGGGAUUGGCAGAUCCAGGUGCUGUUGCCUCCAUGUUUUGGGUUGAUGCUGAAUUAGGAAGUGACAUUUAUCUUGAUGGCAUUGUAUCUGUUGUUGAUGCAAAGUAUGGACUACAGCACCUGAGAGAAGAAAAACCCAGUGGCCUCAUCAAUGAAGCAGCAAGACAGAUUGCACUUGCAGAUCUUAUAAUCAUCAAUAAGACUGAUUUGGUUUCACAAGAAGCUCUGAUGAAACUGAAAACAGCUGUUAGGUCCAUAAAUGGACUUGUCAAAAUUUUAGAAACUCAGCGAUCAAGAGUUGAUAUUGCAGAUGUCUUAGACCUCCAUGCUUUUGAUAGCUUUUCAGGAAAAAGUUUUUGGCAGAGGCUGCAGCUUGAGGAAGCACCUCACCCACAUCUAGACAAGAGUAUUAUUACAUCAACAUUUGAAGUAGUAGGAAGUGCAGCUGAAGAAGACCUAAAUGUGUUUGUUCAAAAUCUGCUGUGGGAGAAGAAUGUCAAAGACAAGAGAGGUAACCCCAUGGAAGUCAUAAGACUCAAGGGACUUGUGUCUAUCAAAGACAAACCUCAUCAGGUGAUAGUUCAAGGUGUUCACGAGCUAUAUGAUUUAGAGGAAACCACUGUCAAAUGGACAGAAGAGGAUGAACGAACAAAUAGAUUAGUUUUAAUAGGUAGGAAUUUGGAUAAAGAUAUCCUUAAAGAUGUCUUUAUAACAACUGUGACAAAGAGAGAGGAAAAUGGCUGAUGUCACCUUCCAAGGAAAAGCUGGUCAAUACCUAAUUUUUUUUAGAACAACUGAGUUUUUAAAAUAUCUUGGACUACUUUUCUGGUUUUGCUCUGCUGCUAAAUAUGAAUUUCUCUGCAGUCAGCACAUCUUUUUCUUCAUUAAAGACAUUGAAUAAACUUGUUCCUUAUGCCUUGGAAUGUAUAUUUAAAUAAUGCAGUAAUUAUAAUGUGAAACAUGAAAGAACACUUGUAAUCAAGCACUUUCUCAUACACUUUAGGUGCCUUGCAACUGUUGCAACUGUUUGAGAUAGUAUUGGACUGCAUCUCCUAUAAUCCCUGGCUAUUGUCCACACUAAUGGGGCUGAUGGGAGUUGUACUUCUGGAAGACUAGACUUGUACUUCUGGAAGACUAGACUUUCCCCAACCCUGGUCUUCCCCCUUUCUGUGUAUUGAUUGCCUUGUUGAAAAUUUAGUUACUAAAGGAAGAUUGCUAUGACUUCCUAAUGAGUACAGUGUUAAAAAAGGUUAAGAAGUUAACAGCAGCUAACCAAAGGGAAACGUCUUUCUCAAGCACAACAGAUACAGUAAUCUUAUUAGAUGUUACGUAUGAGGAAAAAGUUUACUGAAUUCAAGAAAAUUUUAUUGAUUAAAGCAUAGAUCUAUUGUGCAAAUCAAUGAAAUAUAUACACUGUAUUUCCAACUGAAUGCAGUGGCAGAGCUUUAAAAGUGGUUGCUAGGGAAGAGCAAACAAUGAUAGUCCUGCAUCAAGACUUAAAAGAUCACAUUUAGGGACCUAGUCUUUCUGAAGUGAGAGACCAGCAUUUCCCCCCCUCCCCAGUGUGCCAGAGUCUGGUACCAUAUUUGUAUCCAUUGGUUACAGUUGUUCUUAGAAACUGCAGGUAUUGGCUAUAAACAAUAAUGUUUAAUAAAGUUCCCACUGAAAUAAA